AGAGCUGGCCGGGGAGGGACCUUGCCCAGUGGCUGCUCUGCUCCCGUCUCUUGUCCCCUCCCCUGGCCAUGACAGAGACCCGUGAGCCCGCUGAGACUGGAGGCUAUGCCAGCUUGGAGGAGGAUGAUGAAGACCUUUCCCCAGGCCCGGAGCAUUCUUCUGACUCUGAAUACACUCUUUCAGAGCCCGACUCUGAGGAGGAAGAGGAGGAGGAGGAGGAAGAGGAGACCACUGACGACCCCGAAUAUGACCCUGGCUAUAAGGUGAAACAGCGCAUAGGCGGCGGCAGGGGAGGCCCAUCUCGCCGGGGCCCGCGAGCCGCUCAGCCUGCCGGCCCACCUGCACAGCCCUGCCAGCUCUGUGGCCGGUCACUGCUGGCGGAGGCCCCACCGGGUACCCCACCCUGCCGACUCUGCUGCCCUGCCACAGCAACCCAUGAAGCCCCAGCCCCUGAAGGCAGGGCCCUUGGCGAGGAAGAGGAGGAGCCAUCUCACACCUCGGAAAGCCGGCCUGCAGGACGGGACGCAGAUGAAGAUGAGGAGGAGGGGGGCACCUACCACUGUACGGAGUGCGAGGACUCCUUUGACAACCUUGGGGAGCUGCAUGGUCACUUCAUGCUGCAUGCCCGGGGUGAGGUUUAGGCGGGGCCCCCAGGGAGUCGGUG